AUGUCUUCAACCGAAGAACACAUCAGAGCCCAGCUCUUAAACACCAAAUCCCUCCCGGUAUCCACGGCAUGGAUCUCCAAUUUUCUAGCAUCCAUCUCCCAAAAUCAACAAAGAGCACCACCCUCUGCACUAGCACAAACAGCUCUUUUCCGAAUCUUAACGACUGACUUCACCAAAACAUUAUCUACAUCCAUGCCUUCUACAGUGCUUCCUAGAGAGAUAUCCGAUCCAUCUAUCAAGGAGCGACGUAUAUCCGGACCCGUACCCGUUCAGGUCCUUGACAUAGAAGAUAUUGGGUCUAGUAUGUGGUCUCAAGUAGAGAAAAUCGAGCAGGUUGAGCGAGGAGAGACUAUUCGAGGACGAGAGAUUGUGAGAAAUGUUAAUGUGGAUGAUGCCGACAACAACAACGCGUCAAGAUCAACACCAAACACGACAAAUGGACCACAUCGUCUAAUUCUACAAGAUGCGGCUGGCACAAAGAUUGUCGCUCUAGAAUAUCAGGAUAUCAAUGGUAUAUCUAUCGAGAAGCUUUCUAUUGGCGCGAAGCUUGUUCUGAAGGACACCGUUGUGUCUAGGGGAAUGGCUCUGCUUACUCCAGAAACUGUUACUUUGUUGGGAGGGAAGAUUGAAUCUUGGGAUACAACAUGGCGGCAAAAGAGAAAGGAGGUCUUAUUGACGAAGAUCGAAGUUUUACAUGUAGAACAAAAUGGGGCCUCUGCUAAUGGAGAUGCAAUGGAAGAGUGA